AUGAGUUGAAGAAGACCCAAGUAGUGGAAGCCCGAGCAAGAAACAUAAGUCACAAUGUUCGCUGCACAGAGUGUGGAAGUCAAUCCAUUGAAGAUUCACAAGCAGAUAUUGCAAUUCUCCUCAGAAAGCAACUUCGCAAAUGAGAAAAUUCUGAUCCUAACGUUAUUGUUGCAAUUGAUUCGUGAUGAAAUUCAAGCUGGAAAGACUGACGAAGAGAUUUAUAAAAAGCUUGAAGAGGAUUUUGGGGAGACAGCACUUUAUGCCCCAAAGUUUGAUAUGCAGACAGCAGCCUUGUGGCUAUCACCGCUUCUAGUUGCGGGUGCUGCUGCAGGCAUAUGGGCUUACCAGAAGCACAGGCAAAAAACUAAUGUCCAUAUCAUGGCUUUAAAACCUUCUUAGAGUCACUUUGAAGUUGAGGUGAUAUACAUUGGCAAUGGAGAGAAAAGAUGAUUUGAGUUGAAGAAGACCCAAGUAGUAGAAGCCCAAGCAAGAAAUAUAAGUCACAAUGUUCACUAUACAGAGUGUGGAAGUCAAUCUAUUGAAGAUUCACAGGCAGAUAUUGCAAUUCUCCUCAGAAAGUUGAUUCGUGAUGAAAUUCAAGCUGGAAGGACUGACAAAGAGAUUUAUAAAAAGGUUGAAGAGGAUUUUGGGGAGACAGUACUUUAUGCCCCAAAGUUUGAUAUGCAGACAGCAGCCUUUGUGGCUAUCAACAGCACUGACACUUGCUAGCAGUGAGUCUUUCUGUACAUAAAAUUGAGUUUUGCGGACAGCUUCUAGUUGGGGGUGCUGCUGCAGGCGUAUGGGCUUACCAGAAGCACAGGCAAAAAACUAAUGUCCAUAUCAUGGCUUUAAACCUUGUUAGAGGUGUUCCAUAAAACAUAGUUUAUGAACUAAAAUUGUUCACAGUUGAAAGUUCAAGAACUAAAUUUGGAAUUUAACC